GGGACAUUUGAUCGGUCAUUAAUGUAGUUUAAUGAAGCGUAAUUGCGCGUGUGUCCAGCAGAAGAGUUUCGUUUGCCUGCUGGGUGUCAUAUGGGCGUGACUGCGGGCGGGUCCAGGUGUAUCCACCUAUGAGUCAAACCUUCAAUCACACACGGAGCAACGAGACGGAGCGGAUAGUUGGAGCUUUACGCAUUGGACCUCACCUGUCCCUGACCGGAGACAAAAGCUCUUUUGUCCGCCAAAAUGAUGCCAGAACCUUUAAAAUCAGCCCUGUCUUUGGGAGAUGUGGAAGACACGUCGUUGGCUUUACCCUCGGAUCGUGAAAUGAGAUCUGCGCAACAGAGAGUUUUGGAUCAGGUCCACACCAUAAAGAGAAAGUCAAAAUACGGCAGUAAAAGUUUUUCUGGACUUCCUUCACCCACCAGCCCUGAAAGUGACAGCGUCUUUCUCGAUUUCAAGCUGACGUCUUCUUCAUCUCUCAGCGGACCCUCGAUAAACAGAGGAAACACUAUGACCAAUGGGACUAAGCAAAGGCAAAACUAUAUGCGCAAAUCCAUCAACUCCCGGCACUCCAGCGGCGCCUCCAGGAAAGAUCAAACCAUAUAUGUAGCUUCAGGCACCGCCCCUACCCAACCCCGGCCUAACAGCCUGUACAGCCCCAAAGCCACCCGCAGCGCUCCAGACCUGGGCUUGCACACCACGGCCAACGGCGGGACCGCCCAUCGAAACCAAAGCGUCAGACAAACUUCAGAACGAGUGGAGACGCAUUAUUUCCCAUUAUACAACGGCACUAACCAGUCUCAUGCUAAUGGCACUUAUAAAAAAGUUGGAGUCAACCGGGUCACCAGUAACCCGACUGUCAGGAUGCGACCAUUAUCCAUCCACUCCAAUGGAGAAUCCAAAAUGUCACAAGUGUCACAAAACAAGAGCGGAGGAGCUGGUUACUCUGUUAUAAACACAGAGCGACUGAUCUCUGAUAUGACAAUGACGGAGGCGAUUGACCUUCUAAGGAGUCCAGAUGAGAAUCAUCAGCUUUGUGGAGCUGCCUACAUCCAACACAGCACCUUCACAGAUGAAAAAGCCAAGCAAGAGGUGCUGACCCUAAAGGGAAUUUCUCCUCUGCUAAAACUGUUAAACAGCCCAAGCCCUCAGAUCCAGGAGACUGUGGCCGCUGCGCUGCGUAACGCUGUGUUCAAAAACCAACAAAACAAAGAUCAAGUGCAAAGCAACGGAGGAAUCGCACAGGUAGUGCAGCUGCUCGGAGAAACCAACGAUGAAACACAGAAGCAUCUGACAGGUCUCCUGUGGAACCUCUCCUCAGCAGAUAACCUCAAACCUGAACUUCUCAAAACCGCUCUGCCAGCCCUCACCGAAAAAAUCAUUGAACCUUUCUCAUCCAACACAGGCAGCACAAUAGUCUCUCCAGAUGUCUUCUACAACGCCACGGCAUGCCUACGAAACAUGAGUUCUCCCAAACUGGCGAACCGUCAGGCCAUGCGCAACUGUAAAGGACUCAUCGACUCUCUCAUGCACUACAUGGAUAACUGUAUUAAAGAUGACACACCAGAUAACCCGUCUUUGGAGAACUGUGUUUGCAUUCUUCACAACCUCACCUAUCAGCUGGAAUCUGAGAUGUCUUCAGUCUUUAUAAAAAUCAACUCUCUGGCGAAUCAGGACCGUUCGCGCAGCAGCUCAAUAGACGCCAGUGCCAUCGGCUGCUUCAGUUCACAGAGCCAGAAACUGCAGCAGGAGAGCCACUUUGACUAUCCAGUGAUGGAGGAUCGUAAUCCUAGAGGAGUAAACUGGCUCUUCCACUCGAAAGCCCUGCAGAUGUAUCUGAAACUGUUGAGCACCAGUGAGAAAGAUGCCACACUUGAGGCCUGCUGUGGAGUCCUGCAAAACCUUACAGCCAAAGACGGCAUAGUAUCGGAUGUGUUAAGUCAUACAAUUGUACAUAAGCUGGACGGUAUGAGAAGCAUCAGUCCAUUAUUGCAGUCGUCCAAUCCUGCUCUACAGGACAGCGCCAUCGCUCUGCUUGGGAAUCUCUCCAAAUCUUCCCGUACAGCAAACAAAAGCAUGGCUCAACAAAGUCUACCCCAGCUGGUGAGAUGUCUGAAUUCAGACCUAACAAAAGAUGAUUCCUCACCCAACUUUGACAAGAGUACGGCGACAGCCCUUUACAGCGCACACACCCUGUUAAAGGCUGAUCCUGAGAUGGGCAAACAUUUUGUAAACAAUGGUUUGAUUUCCAGUCUCAGACAAAUGAGUCUCAACAUGAAUCUGCCAAAGUCCAGCAUCGCAGCGGGAGUCCUCCUGCACAGCCUGUGGUCAGAUAAAAACACACAGAGUCUCCUGAAAAAGCAAGGGAUGGAUAAGAAGCUUUUUGUAAAUGACGUGACAUCAGCAGCCAUCAAAACUCUUCAGGUCAUUGACUGACCGGCAUGAACCAAUGCAGCGGAUCAAAUGUUUAAACUUUAAUUGCAUUUUUAUUCUGGUUAAGUAUUUCAGAAAAAUGGUAAGAAUUACAAGCUUUAUUUCUUUUGGGGAGGUAGUAACAAUAACAGUAAGUAACAAUGCAUGGGAAAUGCAAUGAUAAAAACAUGAUAUUUUUUUAUUUCAUGUUACAAUAAACAGUAAAAUUGUAUUCAGUAAAAGCAUUUUUAUAUGUCAUUGUUUGUAACUCUUUGCAACUGUUUCGAAAUGUAAAAGUAUUUUUAUGAUUCUCGAGUGUUACAGACUGUAUUGCAUCGUGUUUGUGCAUGUUUAAAUAAAAUAUAGAUAUAAAUCUCA